AUGACAACGCAUGCGCCAGGCCUCCUUUUAAAAAAAAAAUGCGGGAUGAAUGCAGUGCCGUUUUCUCGCUCUCGCGUUAGCAUCUCGCGUGCCUGACUAAGCGGCCGGUGCGCCUAGGCCCCAACGGUCAUGCCAUGGACCUGGCUGGGUCGAGACGUAAACUACAAAUCCCAGAAGGGCAGACGGCGCUUCCGGCGGACUGCGCGCGGGGGCAGAUGGUCCGGGAAGAUGGCGUCGAGAGUGAGCGGAAGCGGCGGCGAAAACCGGUUGGUGUCGUUGCCCUUGUCUCGAAUCCGAGUGAUCAUGAAGAGUUCGCCUGAGGUCUCCAGCAUUAACCCGGACGCUAUUUUCCUUACCGCUAAGGCCACGGAGCUGUUUGUCCAGUAUUUAGCCAUGCAUUCCUACAAGCAUGGCCAAGGAAAGAAUAGCAAAUCCUUAACCUACAGUGACCUGUCCCGUACAGCAGAGAAGUCUGAGACCUUUCAAUUCCUUGCAGGUGUUGUUCUUCCAGAUAUCCUGCCAAAGAAGAUCUUGGCUAGCAAAUAUCUGAAAAUGCUUGAGAGAGAAAAAGAGGGGGAAGAGGAGGAGGAGGAAGAAAGUGAAGAUGAAGAGGCAUCUUGAGGGUGACAGUGACUGGACGUAUUGCGUCCUUGUUACACAGACUUUUUAGAUGACUUGUAAUCAAGUAAAUUCCUGUUUUCUUUGUAUUGGUUGAAAAUUGAGCAAGUGGAUUCUCUAAGCACUUGAAUUGCGUUUGUUUUAGUGUAUGCAAGAGAUUUUGGUGUGAGACUGAACUUGUGUACAUAUGUUUUUUGUUUUUUAUCUUACAAACUAUAGCUCUUUGUUGGAUGAUUACUAACCAUGUAUCAAACAUUCUAGUCCUGUGCAUACUGUAUCUGAAAUACAGAGGUUUCUUCCCCUGCCCACAUUGGGCAACUGUCAAAAGUUCAACUCUUCUUUACAUGCCAAAAUUUUGGCUUUCCUUCCUUAUGAGCAGGGAAGCAAGAACAGUGAAUUCCCUACAAGGGAAUAAUUCGUUGAACAGUUCCAUAGACACAAAACCAGAUUUUGUCAUGAUGCAGAUUUCUCAGCCUUGCUGGGAACAAUUGGGAGAACUCUUUUCAGCUUCAACAAUUCCCACUUGCAGUGAUGGUAUGUUAAAAGAAAAUUUUUGCUCUGUUGCCUUAUGUUGAUAUGUAUAUUUGGAAGGGAUGUUAAGAAUAGAAUUAGUACAUUCUUGUUUUGAUGUAACAUUUCCACAGCAGGGCUUUUUCCCAUUUGGCUAAAAGAGUUAAUGAUGAUUCUUUAAACAGUGUCAACAUUUCUGGAAUAUGGUGAACACUUGUCCUAAUACAUGUUUUAUAAAAACAUGACUUGAGAAUGUUACAAGCUUUUUAACACAAGCAUGUCCCUCAAACGUUGAGCCUGUUCAUGGGAGGGAGGGAGGGAGGGACUGGGCUAGUAAGGCAUGAUGAUGACUGUCAUUUGUCUUUUAUGUGUCUGCAUGAUGUAAAACUUGGUUGAGGUGGGAUAGAAGAAAGUAGGUGACAACUGCAAACAGUGCACAUUAUUUGAAAGGUGAUAAAUUAGAUUUUGGAUCCACAAUUAAAACUGAAGUAGGUUGCCUAUUCCCUUGGAACAACUCUGUACUAGCUUCCACCAACCUGUCUGGUGAUGGGAGAUGCUGUUUACUAGCUAAUGCAAAGCUCAGCAUUGUACAAUCUGCUUGAACAGUUUUGCCCUAAAUGCUUUAGUUACAUUAACUGCAAGUUUUGCCACUUUACAGUUUAUCCACUUUUGUAGGCUAUUAAUAAGUUGGUGUGCUUGAAAAGAGUUGCCUUUGUCCAAGUUCCUUCUGCAUAUCUAAAGGCCAGGGAGCUUAGUUUGCUACCAACAUGCUAUAGAGCCAUGUAUACUUAAUAUUCCAGACCUGAAAAAGGUGCAAAAAAGGACAACCAAAAUGAUCAGGGUGCUGAAACACAUUCUCUAUGAGGAAAUGUUUGGGGCCUUUUUGUUUAGAAAAAAGCAGUGAGACUUGCUUUUUUAAAGUUUAUUUAUAUGCUGCUCUGUGGCCCAAAGGCCCCCAAAGCAAGUAAACAGGCAUAUUAAAUCAGAGAAAUAAAUGCAAUGUCUUUCAUCAAAACAAUAUUGCAAAGUCUGGGUCUGUUGGAAUUGCUUUUUGUUUUUAAAACUUCUUUUUUAAAAAAAAUUAAGGUCUGUUUUUAUGAUGUUUUAAAGUGUUUUUGGCGCUUUUGUUUGCCACCCUGGGCUCCUACUGGGAGGAAGGGUGGGCUAUAUAAAUCAAAUAAUAAAUAAAUAAAUACAGCCACAACAUAUCUCCUAAUGGCCUGCCUAUCAUUAUACAUGAUAGUAUUUGCUAACCUAGGUCUGUCUUCUCAUUCAGUUCAGUCCAGAGGUUUCAUUUCAUCUCUGUGGUCAGGAUCCCCUUUUCUCCUGCAGCUGUGCAAAAUUAUGUUAGGAUUUUUUUAAAAAAAAUUCAGUUCAUCCACUUAUAUUAAUUGGUAGUAGACUUAGGGCAAAUUAAACUACUUUAUAUAUGAUUAACUGAUGGAAUUCAUAAUUUAGUUCUGGUGGGUUUAAAAAGACAGUAAGAAGCAGUAUAUCUAUGCCUAGCAAAGGUAACAGUAGGGAAGGGCUAUUCAUGGCCUGCUAAUGACACAGGAAGUAGGGACUAGAAAUAAAAAGUCUGAAAAUAAA